AUGGAGCUACCACCCCUAAACAUCGAAGACUUCACUAAGUGGAAACAAGGCCAAGCCAUCAUUAAGGAGACCGAUAUGGGCGAUGACAUCAAGGGAGAGGCUAAGGACUUUGUCAUCUCAGGUAUUGAAAAGGCAUCAGGUCAAUUCGGUAUCAAUAUUGAGCACGCUUGCAAGUACGUCAAAGAUCAAAUGGAUAGACAGUUCGGUCCCUCAUGGCACUGUGUUAUGGGUGAAGGGUUUUCAUUCGAAGUCACCAGAUAGGCAAAGACAACGCUAUAUAUGUACUAUGCUGGAAAAAUUGCAGUGCUCUUGUUUAAAUGUUGA